AUGGCUGCGUCAGUUCAGUCUGGACGGCAACUGGGCCACUCGGCGCCGGACUCGCCCAGCAAAAACCAAGCCGACAAUCUCAGCUACUACUCGCCCAGCAAAAACCAAGCGGACAAUUUCUUCAGGUACUACUCGACCAGCGAAAAACAAGCGGGCAAUUUCUUCAGGUACUACUCGCCCAGCGAAAACCAAGCGGACAAUUUCUUCAGGUACUACUCGCCCAGCAAAUACGAAGCCGACAAUCUCAGGUACUACUCGCCCAGCGAAAACCAAACGGACCAUUUGUUCUACUCGCCGAUCAAAAACCAAGCCGACAUGUUUUUCAGUUACCACUCGCCUCCGACGACAGUCUUCUUCCACGAGAGGAGGCUGUGGCGCGUCGGCGAGCGCCUGCCUUUCCCAAACCCUUUGUUUUACACCGUGUUGGGCUUCCUGCCGCGGCGCGUCGCUGACUCCUCCGUCCCGUUCUCGACGCCCGCUCUACCAGGCAUCCUCGCGGCGUUCCGCGUCGCCCCGGGAUACGCCAUGGCAUCCAACAUGGAGGCGACGCUGCGCUCCUGCGAGACGCCCACCAUGGCCGGCGAGUCCAAGUUCUGCGCCACGUCGCUGGAAGCGCUGGAGGAGCGCGUCACGGGAGUGCCCGGGACACGCGACGUCAGGCCGCUCAAGUCCGCGCUGCCCCGCGAUGGCGCGCCGCUGCAGGCGUACACCGUCCGCGCCGUGCGACGCGUGGAGGGCGGCCUGGUCUUUGUGGCUUGCCACCCAGUGCCCUUCAUGUACACCGUGUACCGCUGCCACACCACCGGCCCGUCCAGGGCGUACAUGGUGGAGAUGGAGGGCGCGCACGGCGCCGCCGACGGGGUGACCAUCGCCACUGUGUGCCAAACCGACACGUCAAUGUGGAACCCGAAGCACAUCUCCUUCAGGCUCCUCGGCACCAAGCCCGGCGGCACGCCGGUCUGCCACCUCAUGCCCUACGGCCACAUCAUCUGGGCUAAGGGUCAGGUUGCCAUCAAGAAAAGGACCCUGCAGGCCUGCUCCUUGUACAGGGAUGAUGCUGUAUCUGAUCGUGUAUUCACAGAUUCUAGGUUUGACAAAAUGACAAUGGCACAAAUCCCUAGAACAGUGUGA